UUGCCUGGAUACAGGGCAACAGAUGCGGACCAUCAGAAAGCUGUAUGUAACUUGUGAAGAGUUAACGCUAGCUAGCUUUAUUUCGCAGUGAUAUUUGUUUAUUUAUUUACUAGGUAAUAUAUCGAAUCCAAAUGGCAUCAGUGGUUCAGUACGGCCGACGAAGAGGCUCCAGUAAGAGAGCUGGGGAGGCCAGCAGGGUGAUCCAGCCACCGGACCUCCGCCAAAUCACUGUUUUAACCAAGGCUGAAUGGCUAAGGAUUCAGGAUGAACUGAACAAGGUUCAUAAAGAAGAGGAGAGUGUGAGAGAGGUGGCAAAACAGAGAGAGGCCCUGCACUUGCAAUCUAAGGAGGUGGUGAAACUGUGGCCCAAUACCAUCGCAGGUCAAAGGCAAAAAAAACUUGAGGCAAAGAAGAUUCGGGACGAGCUUGAGGAGCAGAAAAAGAAAGUGAUUGAUAGAGAGGAGGCCAAAUAUCAGGAGCAGAAGCGGAAAGAGGCCAUUGAGAAGGCCAAUACUCAGUUGUUUUAUCAAAACGACCGUGUUAGAGGAUUACAUAGUGGGCUCCUGCUGACAGAGGUCCUGAAGGAGAGGGAGACUCAGAUUGAACUAAAGCAAAGAAUGAAGAGUGCAUCUAAAGACCUGGAUAAAGACUUCUGUAAAAUCGCGAAGACCCGGGAGGAUGAAGCCUUGUCACAGGAGAAGGAGAAAUCGCUUCAGAAAAAGCUUGAGAGACAGGCUGUUGUUGAGGACCUGAAGCAACAGAUCAAGGAAAACACGCAAGUGAGAGAGCGGCUGAAGGCCGAGGACAAAAAUGACGGAGUGGAAACCCAGCGUCUGCAAGAGCUCUAUCAGUGGGAGCAACGGAUGAACAAAGAAAGACAGGCAAAGGAGAAGAAAGACCUUAUGGAAGCUCACCUGGAACAUCUGAGCAACAGGGACCUUGUGAGGGCGACAGACGCACAAAAACAGGAGGCUGAGGAGGAGCAAAGGAAAUGUUUUCUGGCUGCAAAACAGAAAAUGAUGAAGUUGCGGAAUGACCGAAAAAAAGAAAUGCUCAGAGAGGCCGAGGAGAACAGGGAGAGGAUCAUGAACAAACUGACAGUCACACGGCAGCAGCAGGCCGACGAUGAGGAGCAGAGGAUUGCAAAGGCUGUCGCUGAGCGGGACGCGAAACACGCACAACGGCAGUGGGAGGAUGAGGAGAAGAAGGCCAUCACUGCACACAGAGAAAAGAUGAGACAAGAAAAGGAGCAGAGGGACAAAGAAGAGAAACAGAACAACCAAGAGUCACUUGAGGCCAAGAGAGAGUCUGACAAGAUCUUUUCUGAGAAACAACAACUGAAGGCUCAGCAGAUCAAAGAUGAUUUGAGAAAACUCGAAGACUUCAACGCCAGACAAAUGGCUCAGCAAAGUGCCAGGAAACAGCAGUUGAGAAGAGAGGAAGAUGAGUUUCAAGAAAAGAUGGCAGAACUAAUGGCUGAAGAGGACAAGCAGUUUCAGCAGUAUUCACAGCAACUCAUCAAUGCAGCAGCGGAGGCUCAGCGAAACGUGUUUCCACUCUGCAAAGCUGCAAGGGAAGGGAUCGGUGGAAGCUUUGGUCCCGUUUCUAGUGGAGUCAGACCCGUCUACCUUGUUCAGGACCAAACCGGUGCUCAGAUGCCCAAGUAUGUCUCUGGCACUACGCAGGACAUUAAAAAGCGUCAUGAGGUUGUAGAUAUUCAAGAGGCAAAGAAGAGAAUUGGAUUUACAUGGUGAUAGGUCAUUCACAGCUUAUUGGUUAUUCCCUUAAGUGUAAUGUUUUAGUAGUAUCCUUAAAAUAUUUUGACAGAGGCUGUUUCUGAAGUCACUCCACUACUCACUCAAUAUAGUAAAUUGGGAUUGUUUUUGGAAAGAAAAACAUAUGCAGGGAUGUUUUACACAGUGUUGGUUAAAUACAUGAUGUUAAGUAGCUUAACACAACAUUCUCACAACGUUUGUGCAAUGAUCCAUUCAGGAUGCUCUACUGUUUAUUACAUAUUGUUAUCAUUUAUACAUUUUGUAAUGAAGUUCAACUUGUGAACACCCAAAGAAACAUUUUUUGUUUGAAAACAGUUGCCCUACGUAGGACUAAAAAUAAAUGGAAAAAUGGAUUUAAA